GGCUUUGGCCGGCUCUUGCUAACCCCACCCAGCUACUAGCUACUGCUGCCCUGGCGUGUGCUCUGCUCUUUCUGCCUAUAAAUGCAAACCCUCUUCAAAGCCCUUGUACACAGAACACAAAGCAAUCGAGUAUCAUCGUAUACAUACUCCCACGAGUCCAGCCUCCUCCUUUUCUGUAGCAUUAUUAGUUAAAAAUGAUUGCUCAGACAUUUUCCUCAGCUAUGCUUCUCUCUAUUCUCUUCUUUAGCUUAAACUUGAAUGGAAUUGCUGGAGACUAUGGCGGCUGGCAAAAUGCGCAUGCCACUUUCUAUGGCGGUGGUGAUGCCUCUGGCACAAUGGGAGGAGCAUGUGGCUACGGGAACUUGUACAGUCAAGGUUAUGGAACAAAGACUGCAGCAUUAAGCACAGCCUUGUUCAACAAUGGCCUCAAUUGUGGAGCAUGCUAUGAGAUGCGAUGCAAUGAUGAUCCCAAAUGGUGCCUUGCUGGGACCAUCACUGUGACUGCUACAAACUUCUGCCCCCCUAACUUUGCUUUAUCUAAUGACAAUGGUGGGUGGUGCAAUCCCCCUCUCCAACAUUUUGAUUUGGCAGAGCCCGCCUUCUUGCAAAUUGCCCAAUACCGAGCUGGAAUUGUGCCUAUUGUCUUUAGAAGGGUGCCAUGUGUGAAGAAAGGAGGAAUAAGAUUCACCAUUAAUGGACACUCAUACUUCAACCUGGUCUUGAUCACAAACGUCGGCGGUGCAGGAGAUGUCCAUGCAGUGUCCAUCAAAGGUUCCAAAACAGGGUGGCAACGCAUGUCUAGAAACUGGGGCCAAAACUGGCAGAGCAACUCCUACCUCAAUGGCCAGAGCCUGUCUUUCCAAGUAACCACCAGUGACGGUAGAACUGGGACAAGCUACAACGUGGUGCCUGCUAACUGGCAGUUUGGUCAGACUUUUGAAGGAGGUCAAUUUUAGAAAAUUUCUCCAAGAGUAGUGGAGAUAUGUAAAUUUACAUCUGUUUCUUACAAGUCUUAAGAGGCAGAGAAUUGUGUAGUUUAUUGUAACAGUAGUGUUGUGAUGGUCCGGAAAAUGCUGAGGUGACUAAAAAUGCGCCCGCUAGAGUCUCUACCCCUUUCAUAAACAUUAGCCAUGAAUUUCACUUUCGCCAUGGAUUGCAAUAUUUACAAAUAUUCAUGUAUUCUAAAAAUUAAUCCGACUGGUUAGUUGAUUUCAGUAGUUGACAAUUUUGUCAGCCAUGAAUCUUUACAGCAAUACCAUGUUUGUUUGAGAGAUGUACUGUGGAAUUAUCCAACUCCUGAUGAACACUAAUCACUACUACGUACUACAACAACUACAACUACAAAAACUAGGGG